AUGGUAACGAAAACUGGUGUUCGCAAAAAGGAAAGAACAAUAACGGCCAAUCUUCGUGAGCAUAUGGGGGCAUGGCAUAUCGGGAAACUCACAGAAGCACCAGGUGCCCGUUCCAGGGGCCUGACGGGCAAGGUGUAUUCCAUCCACAAGCACAGCAGGACAUGGAACGAGGCACGGGCUAUCUGUGAGGCCGAAGGAGGCCAGUUGGCCAAGUUUAACAGAAAUGCCACAUUUGAUGCACUAAUAGCCUACAGAUACUCUGAAGGGGACUUGUGGAUGGUCAACGUAAAAAAAGAUAUCUGGGUUGGAUUACACUCCCCAGCCGCCAAUAACAAAUACCGAUGGGCCAACUGUGAACCGCUGAGCUCUGAUCACUGGACAUCCCCCGGGAGGGUGGAAUCGGGUUCUGAGCUGUGCGUUGUGGCGCGCAGGGACACGUGCACGUGGGAGCCAGAAAUGUGUCGGGAGCGACAUCAGUAUGUAUGUGAGGAGAAAACAGGACCGUGCAGGUACACCCUGACCAAUGGUCACUGUGACGACGGAGCUGAAGCCAAGCGCUUUGUCAAGGUUGAGAACCAAUCAGAAUGUCAGGAAAGAUGCGACAGCGAAUACACGACUGGGCUGCCAUGUUGGAUGUUCGUAUACGACAGUUCGGAUUGUUUGCUGUACUUCGCCAGCAUCCCAUGGCAGUGUGGGGCAUCCACAUCCAAUACGUCUGCUGCUGUUGGAAUCAGGAGCUGCUUCACGUUUCGUUUCCAUGAAUCCACGACAACGAUCCCUGACGAUGACAGCAACUUUCCCAUCACCAGCUGUGACGUGAACUCAACUACAGCCACGCCAACGACUCGAUCUGGAUUAAAUGACACACAAAGCGUCCGUCCUGCAGCAGCAACAACAUAUUCCAGCACACCAGCCACCUCUCAGGCUACAGAGAAUAGUAACGCUCUCGGUAAGGCACAAGGAGACGACCCCGACACCAUGCAAACCACUACUCAGCCUGCCACGAUAACUUCCACUCAGGCUGCGCAGAAUAGUAACUCUCUCUUUAAUGCACAAGGAGACGACCCCGACACCACGCAAACCACUACUCAGCCUGCCACAAUAACUUCCACUCAGGCUGCGCAGAAUAGUAACUCUCUCGGUAAGGCACCAGGAGACGACCCCGACACCAUGCAAACCACUACUCAGCCUGCGCCGAUAACUUCCACUCAGGCUGCGCAGAAUAGUAACUCUCUCGGUAAUGCACAAGGAGACGACCCCGACACCAUGCAAACCACUAUUCAGCCUGCCACGAUAACUUCCACUCAGGCUGCGCAGAAUAGUAACUCUCUCGGUAAGGCACCAGGAGACGACCCCGACACCAUGCAAACCACUACUCAGCCUGCCGCGAUAACUUCCUCUCAGGCUGCGCAGAAUAUUAACUCUCUCGGUAAGGCACAAGGAGACGACCCCGACACCAUGCAAACCACUACUCAGCCUGCGCCGAUAACUUCCACUCAGGCUGCGCAGAAUAGUAACUCUCUCGGUAACGCACAAGGAGACGAUCCGACUACCACGCAAACCACUACUCAGCCCGCCACGAUAACAUCCACUCAGGCUGCGCAGAAUAGUAACUCUCUCGGUAACGCACAAGGAGACGAUCCGACUACCACGCAAACCACUACUCAGCCUGCCCCGAUAACUUCCACUCAGGCUGCGCAGAAUAGUAACUCUCUCGGUAACGCAAAAGGAGAGGACCCCGACACCACGCAAACCACUACUCAGCCUGCCCCGAUAACUUCCACUCAGGCUGCGCAGAAUAGUAACUCUCUCGGUAAUGCACAAGGAGACGAUCCGACUACCACGCAAACCACUACUCAGCCCGCCACAACAGCGACCCCUCAACCUACCACGACAACAACCUCUCAAGCUACCACAACAACGACAACCCAGCCCACUACGACAACGACCUAUCAACCUACCACUUCAACAACUCAACCUACCACGACAACGACCGCUCAACCUACCACGACAACGACCCCUCAACAUACCACUACAACAACUCAACCUACUACGACAACGACCCUUCCACCUACCACGACAACGACCCUUCCACCUACCACGACAACGACCGCUUUCCCUACCACAACAAUGACCCUUCAACCUACCACAACGACCCCACAACCUACCUCGACAACAACAACUCAACCUACCACGACAAUGACAACUCAACCUACUACGACAACGACCCCUCAACCUACUACGACAACGACCCCUCAACAUACCACUACAACAACUCAACCUACUACGACAACUACCCUUCCACCUACCACGACAACGACCGCUUUCCCUACCACAACAAUGACCCUUCAACCUACCACAACGACCCCACAACCUACCUCGACAACAACUCAACCUGCCACGACAACGACCUCUCAACCUACCACGACAACGACCUCUCAACCUACCACGACAACCACCUCUCAACCUACCACGACAACGACCCUCCCAUCAACCACGACAACUCAACCUACCACGACAACGACCACUCCAUCUACCACGACAACGACCACUCCAUCUACCACGACAUCGACCCCUCCAUUUACCUUGACAACGACCACGCAGCCAAGUGCACCAACUACCACGCACUCCACCGUUGCGCAAGGACCUGCCGCAGCACCCCAGACAGAUGUCGACAACACAACAUCUGACAACUGCCCAUGUGAAAUAUGUGUCAAGGUUAAAAAUAGCACCGAGAUCCAAGGCGUCAUUGAUGAGCUGCGUGUGUGGCUGAAAGUUGACCAAUCAACGCUGUCGGCAGUACGAAGGAAGCGGGUAUCCCAGACCGAUGAUCGACCAUCAGCAACUAUCAUUGGCUACUCUGGGGUUGUGUUUAUAACUGCUGUACUGAGUGUGUUUAUCAUAUCCGAUACACUGACCCUUUGUCAACAGUUGGCGAAGAAGAAAUAA